AUGUCGACAAAAGCUGCAUCGGGACGAGGAUUGGGUUGGGUGGUGACAGCCUUUUUCAUUGUGGCUGAUAUGGUCGGCGGAGGAGUUGUGGCCAUGCCAGUCGCUUUUCUUCAAACUGGAUUAGUCUUGGGUAUUGUUUUCAUGAUAACAAUAUCAGUACUAUUCGCUUACACAGCUCAUUUAUUGGGACGGAAUUGGGUUAUCAUGCAGAAACGAUGGCCGGUUUAUCGUGAUCAUUGCCGGAAACCGUACCCAGAAAUGGCAAUGAGAAGUAUGGGAAAUCGGAUGAAGUAA